ACCCUUGUCGGCGUAUGGAGGGAGGGUUUUCGCAGAGGUUUUUGUAAGUUGUAACUCUUAAAAGCACGGCGAUGGCGAUUGCGAUUGCGACGGCGAUGGCGUGGGUAGUCUCUGUUGACUCUUUGUCCGUUCCCUCCUCCGUUUCUUAUUAUACAAAGCGAGACAAGGAAUUAUGCAUAAGGAGAUGGGCAAACAGAGGACAUUCUUCUUCUUCUUCAGAAAAGAACACAGCAGCAGGAAAGAAGCUUCUUAUCCAUUCACAUUACAAGAACCAAAGAGCAAAUUCAAACCUGCAACUACUACUACUACCCAUUUCAGAACUGCAUUAUGAAGAAUUAAGCUUUAGUAGUAAUAGUACUAGUAGUAUCAUAUUGGGUUUCUGGGUUGGACCUGAUAUUGAUGAUGAUGGUUGGGGUUUCAUAGAUGCCAUUGUAGACCGAAUAUCUUGAGUUCAAAAACCACUUUCAUUUUUCUUCCAAUGAAUGAAUGAAUGAAUGUGUUUCUUAUCAAGUUCAUUGGUCAAUUUGUUCAAAUGUAAGACUUCAAGAGCUAAUUUCAAUUUCUUGACGCUGUGAAAAUAAUUUGAACUUUUUUUU